UGAGCAGCAUUGCGAUCGAAUAAAACGCUAAAAUUGCGCUGCACGCGCUACCUCCGCCUCGGGUUCGAGAUCGAGAACUUGGCCAAUAAACAAUUGAAAAUUCGCGAAAAAAAAGAGUGAAGCAGCACAAGAAGAGAGUGUGUAACUGUGCAAAAGGCCAAUCGAAUAUGUUGAAUUGAAACAUCAGCAGUUGUGACAUUUACUCAAACUAAUCAAAACCAAGAAGCAUGAGUCCAAAGCUGCAUGAGUUUGCUGUGGUGCUCCAGCGAGAUGGACAGGCGACGCCGUGGGGCAUCCGUUUGGUUGGUGGCAGCGAUUUGGAUACGCCAUUAAUCAUAACCAGGGUGCAAGUUGGCAGCCCAUCGUAUGGGGAGCUGCUGCGUGGCGAUAUUAUAGCCAAGAUCGGUGAAUACGAUGCACGCGACUUGAGUAACGCCGAUGCUCAGCAGCUGUUUCGCGGAGCGGGCAACGAAAUCAAUCUAGUCGUGCACAGGGACAACAAAAUCGCGUAUACGCAGGGUGUCAAUCAGGAGGCCGGUUCGCGCCCCAAUUCAACCUUGCCACCGGCAAGUCCUGAGCCAUCUCAGCAUCCCCAUCGCGGACCUUCGCCCUUUCUUCCCGGUCCCAGUCAUUUUGAGCGUGCGUUGCAGUUGCCGGUAGACACUUUACCGCAAACUGUGUUUCCGCAAUUGAAUGCUUCGGGCGGUUAUGUGCCAUCGUCAUCGAGUGUUUUUUCUCCAAAAGCAACGCGUGAUCAUCAACAGGAUGUGGCCGAGGAACAUGCAGCCAUUAUUAAUCAGCCAUACCGAACAACUCCACUGGUUCUGCCCGGUGCUAAAGUGAAAAAGGAUGCGCCCACCACAGAGUCAUACUUGAGACACUACCCAAAUCCCGCUGUGCGCGCCCAUCCCGGACACGACUACCAUGACAGUAUCAUGAAGCAACGCGUGGCCGAUACCAUGUUGCACAAGGUUGUUGGCCAGGAUGCCGAUACUGGCAGAGUUUUCCACAAGCAAUUCAACUCGCCAAUUGGCCUGUACUCAAGCAACAACAUUGAGGACACCAUCAGAACAACAGUUCCCUUUGCCACAAGCGAUAGUUAUCGCUUGAAGGAAAGUCCUUUGCAUCGUCCUUUGCCAACAAAACUUGACGGUUAUAAGAAAACUGUUGUUUACGAUCCAAGGAAUAGCGACACCUACAGAGCCAUCCAAGAAGAGGGCGGCUACAGCAGCUAUGGUCAAUCUUCGCCUCAGGAAGUAACCAUACCUGUGCAGACUAAGGUCUAUCAACCAAAUAGAUUGGUUCCAGGAAAGAAACCAGUAUCAGCGCCAGUAUCCCGGCCGCCGUACAAUGUGGUAAACACCCACGAUGAAAACAUACGCCAGAGCGGCUCUUUCAAUCGUCUGAUGUACAGCGUUAUUGGUGCCACCGACUAUUAAAUCAACAACACCAACAACAGCAGCAGAAGCGACAACAACAAUAGCAUCAACAACAACAACAACAGUAACAGCAGGAAGCGAGCAGCCAGCGAACAACAUCAACAUCAACAACAACAACAGUUGCUAGUUAAGGAAUUACUUAACCAAAUUUAGUGGAUUUUUAUGAAAUUCUGUUUAACUUAUUGAUUAAUUUAUAUAAAGAACGACACAAAAAUAUGCAACUAACAAAAACCCUAAAAUAUUACGAAUCGGCUCAGAGAAAAAUUGAUUGGAGAUGAAAUAAAUUUAUUAUACAUUUAAAAAUAAAACAAAAAAAAUACUCAUAGAGUUAACUGUUCUCAGCUUUAAAUGAGAAAAAAGUACUUUCAUUUUAGUUGACGAUUAUGUAUCUUUUAUGUUAAAUUCGAUUUAAAGUUAACAGUGAUUGUUAACGGCGAGUGGUUCUAGUCAUCCUAAUUGUAUAAAACACAACAACAACAACAAAGAACUUUACUUUUUUAAUCCAAUAAA